AUGGAUAUAGAUCCAGAGCGGAGCCAAGAACUUGACUGGCCAAAGCGUUUGAACAUCAUACCUGGAGUAGCCCGUGGACUUCUAUGUUUACACCAAGAUUCUCAGUUGCAGAUUAUUCAUCGGGAUAUCAAAGCAAGCAAUAUUUUGCUUGAUGAGAAAAUGCACCCAAAAAUAUCAGAUUUUUGUUUAGCUAGGUUAUUUCAGCUAGAGGAGACUCAUGUCAAUACAAUGGUUGCAGGGACACUGAUUCUUCUGAAGUUGUAUUCUAAUCUACUAAUUCUUGUGAAUUAUACAGUGGUUAUAUGGCCCCAGAGUAUGCUAGGUGGUCAACUAUCUAUUAAAGCGGAUGUUUACAGUUUUGGUGUUCUUAUUUUAGAAAUUAUGUGUGGAAGAAAGAAGUCUGAUAGUAGAUUGCCUCUUGAAUAUCAAAGCUUUUUGGAAUAG